UGAUCGGUCUCUUUCGCUUCCUCGUUGCGUUGCUGAACGGUUGUAAGCCACGUGCAGUUUGCAAAUAAAAUGGAUAAACCUGUGGUCCUUGCCAGAGUAAUCAAAGUCCUGGGACGUACUGGCUCCCAAGGCCAGUGUACACAAGUUAAAGUGGAGUUCCUGGGUGAGCAGAAUCGCCAGAUCAUCAGAAACGUCAAGGGGCCUGUUCGUGAGGGUGACCUCCUAACCUUGUUGGAGUCUGAACGUGAGGCCAGGAGAUUACGAUGAGGUGUUCUUCUCAUUCAAUAUAUACGUAAGAAGAAAAUUGGAAGCCAGCUGCAUUCCUGGAAUUAUUUGAGACAUCAACUAGCAAUUUGCUGCGCUGAACAACAUCGAGGGGAGCAUCACAUUAGACGUGGAGAAGACAUCAAUUUUGUCAUGUCUGGUCUGGAUAUGAUUCUUCAUCAAUGCCAAUGUUGAACACCAAGUUUAUGCUAAUAAAUUACAGCUGGUAACCACACAA